GUAGUGGCGGCGGCGGUGGUGGUGGUGGCGGCCUGUAGCCCAUCGCUGGUGGAUGCCACCGCCGCCGGACACUUUGACAAAAUCUCGGGCUGUGCAGACCCGUGGGGAAUGAAAAAGUGCUCUGAAAAGACAGAGAGAGGAUUCGAGAAUUGUAUCAUCGGGAACUGUUCCGCGGAUGGCAAGAACUGCUAUGACUCGUGUCAGGGAGACGUCUUUUGCAUGGCGAAGACGUGUCCUUCUGUAGGAGUCGAGUGCAUCAAUGCUUGUGGGUGUGUCAAGGCCACGGAUCAAAUUGACUGCACGGCGUCAACUUGUUGGAACCAGGUUACCCAAGAUGUGAUGAACUUCUGUUUGGGAUUUGAUAUGGCAUCACUGCCCUUUUGGCCGCCGCCGUCAGAUGCUCCCGGCGGAUGCUCUUGCAACAUAUGGAAUGUGACUCGGCAAGAGACCCUGAUAACCUCGCAUCUCGACCGAUGCCGCAAUGACCAGAACUCAAUCGAUCGACUGGACACGGACGAGAAGAAGAAAGAUUAUAAACAAGCGUGCACCUGUUGCGCCGAAAGCGCCAUAAUAUCAACGAUAUGGACCGCCUGUCCCAACACCAAGCCAUCUGAAAUUGGAGCAGACUCCUGGUACGACUCGUUCUUGAAGCCCCAUGGUUGGGACAAGUGUGCUUCGUAUCUCGAGAGACACGACUGUGCCGAUGAGCUGGGCUUUUCCGUCGACAGCGCCGGAGGAACAAAGUACUUUUACCAACCGGGCAAGCUCCCGCAAAAUGGAACACAGACCCUGUUCAAUACGGGAGAAUCACUCAGCACACCUGCCAGCGGGGCGACCUUUUGCUGGACGGAUGGAUCUCUCAUCCAUACUAUCACUGCAGCUUCAUUCCGAGCAAGUGCGCCGGCGACAACCUCUGAUUCCGAUGGGCACACGCGGACCGGAUCUGCGGUCCUUGCGUCAGCUACCAAGUCGGGGGGAGCUAUUCGCGACAGAAGUUCCUCAUGGCUUGGUGUGGGCAUUGCAGGGACGGUCGUGCUAGUUUUUUCGUGA